AGUGACAGCGGUCAACCAUUAAUCAAUCAAACGGUCUGAACGUUGUCGUCUCCGGUAAUGUUUCCUUCGUCCGGUCUUUUUGCUCAAGUAAGCUGCCCUUUCGUACAACGAGGGCGCUGCGAGCGGCCCCAUUGUUUGUACAAACAUGUCACAGAAUCGUGGAAUGCGUUUGGUGGCUUGUUUAAAUCGUCGUCCGUCCUGGACCUAACAGGGAAUGGCAGACCUUGUGGAGGACCAGUGAAGGAUGAGUCUACAGACGAGUGCCUCCAUGAGCUGGAGAGAAUCAACAAGGAGAUCGAAACUGUAAGGCACGAGGUGGAGCAGGAGCAAAGACGCCUGUCGUGCUACCAGACGGAACAGGCGGACAGCAGAAUCGGUGUCCCCAUCUCAAAGUUUGAAACCAGGGGCCCACCUUUAAGCAAAGAUAAAACCUAUGCACGAACGAAGAAGUACGUGGUGGACAACUCAAAACCAAGGACUGAUUUAGAGUACGACCCUUUGUCCAAUUUUUCUGCUGCCUUGCGCUCGUACAGUUCACCAGGUGAAGAGCACAAAGUGAAAAACCGAGAAGCAAAGAGAUCUAGACACGCGCCUGUAGAUCCGACGAAACCGUCCACCCAUCAAGCACAGAUGUCCCAAUCACCAUCUCCAGCGCUCCUCAGUGGCUCCACCGAAGACUGCGUCCUGGUUAUUGAUGUUCCUUUAUUGCCUGAGAAAACGAGUGGUCAAGCACAGAAGGCUGUUACAGUCAAAUCUUUUCAGGUUCAGAAACAAGAAGUGGAUAAGGUAAAAAUGGAGACUGCUUCACUCAAUCCUCCACCACAGAGCGUUAAACAGCUUGAGGUAACUGUUGCUGUUCCACCCUCAAUAAGGGACGACGUAAAUAAAGUGCACGACUGUUUUUUAGUUGAAAAUAAUCAAGAUUCACUUACUUCUGAUGACGCUAAAGAAUCUGAAAAUGUUCAUGGAAGUGCAGUUGAUUUAUCUUGUCUUCUUGAAUCUACUAGUAGUGUUGAGAAAACGACCCUGAUGGUGGAGCUACCGGCUCAGGACAAGGCUCAAAGUGAUUGCUCUCCUCCUGUGCCAUAUGUUGUGCAAGACAGUCAGAAAAUGUUGAGCAAAGUACCAGGAAAGAUGCAGAGGAACUCUACCAUGAACAAGGAGCAAGCGGAGGCGGCUCCAUGCAGCAGUCCGCUUUCAUUUCAGGACGUUUCAUCCUCUGUAAACUCACACUGCAGAGCUGAAUCCGAAUCCACCGAGCAGCUUCUGAAGGCGGAAAGUAAGGCAGUGAUAAUAAUCGACUCCAGCCCUGAUGAAGAAGAAGAGGAAGAGGAGGAGGAAGAACUCAACUGUGCAAAUAUGGAGCUUUCUGACAGUGACCCAAUGGAGGAAUGCUACAGGAUCUUCAUGGAGGCGAACAGUGAGGAAAGGAGAAAUGAGGAGCAUCCUGACACGACUGCUGGACCUGAUAUGGAUGAUGAAAAGCCAAAGGUCAACACCACACUCCAAGCUUUACCAGGGAAGAAGAGGGUGGCUCAUGAAGCCACAAAUCUAGAGCAGCCACUGGCUAAAAGCAGACCUCAGCCCCAAGUUCUUGUGCCUCUUCGGGAGCCAGCUGCUUCAGGUUUUGGCUCUCGGCCUUCCAUCACUUCUAAGAUCCAGCAGGUACAACAGCGAGCCUCCAUGCUGACUGCUUCAGUUAAAGCUGGGCAGGCGUUUGUUUCCUCUACAAAUCAGAAGAAGCCAGAGACGCAAAGUGCACCUUCUGGCCCAGGCCCUGAAAACCUUCAGCCUGAUCCAGUGCACAGUGCGUAUUUGAACUACAUCCCUGUGGGAACUACAGUCAUUGAAGUAGGCAACAACCUGCACUUGAUCCUACCACAGGGUAGCUUCCCUCUGUCUGUUGCCUCCACCUCCAGCCCAGUUACUUCAGUGCUAACUCCAGUGAAUCGAGUUCAUCCGAGUCCUGUCUCAUUCAACCAGCCUAAUAAUCUACCCACAGUUACAGCCUUGCCAAGAUAUCGCCCAGCUGCACCUGUGCUCAUUGCUGCUCCUGCACGAAGGCCUGUUCUCAACUCUGGGUUUGCAUCAACUUUACAUUCAACAGCUGCUCCCACCACUUCUCAAGCUCCUGUCCAGGCAGCUGUUAAGUCAAGACCUCUACUUAAACGAAAGCUGAAACAGCCCUCUGAGGCUGCGAAGGACAAAGUUCCCCAUGAUGUUCGUCAGCGUUAUGUGAACAUGUUCACGGAGGAGUUUCUCAAAACGACACUCAAUGUCAAUGAUGCUUUUGAGAAGGCCCUCGCUGAGGAGAGAAGUGUCUACAACCGCAGCGUGAACAAGCUUAAAUAUCUGAGUGUUGCAGUCAAUGCACUGAAGAGGCUGAAGAACCAAAACGUUGCCGCUAAAAGUGAAACGAAGGUCCAGAGUCAAAGACCAAAAGGCAACAUCCCAUUAAACAGGAAGAAGUUAAAGCAAAAUGAUGAUUUGGCUUUGUAUGAAAGUUUGAAAGAUUAUAUUUUGACUGAUGAAAAAAUUAUUGAAAACAACUAUCCUGUCCAGCAUCCAGAAAAAACUGGUUCUGCUGUUUAUUUUGCUGACAAGAAAGUGAAUACAGAUCCCCUUAAGAGGAUCUGCUGUCGAUGUGGAGCCACAUACUCUGUGAGUCAAACAGGCAAACACGUCCGCAAGGAGGAGUGCAACUACCAUUAUGGGAAAGGAGUUGAGAAAAGAGUGCCAGGUGGAGUAGAGACUCGCUACAGCUGCUGUCAGGGAACCAUGGGAGCUCCUGGAUGUCAGGUGUUUAAGUUGCAUGUCCAUGAUUCUCUCAGUUUGGAUGGGUUUGUUUCUACUGCCCAGAGACAUCCCUCAGACACGAGCUGUCCUGGGGUUUACUCCUUGGAUUGUGAAAUGUGUUACACUCUUCAAGGUCUGGAGCUGUCCAGAGUGACCGUGGUCAACUCUAACCUUCAGGUCAUCUAUGACACCUUCGUCAGACCUGAUAACGAGGUGAUCGACUAUAAUGCCAGGUUUUCAGGCAUCAGUGAGGCGGAUAUGAAGGGUAAUCGUACCCCUCUCAGAGAGGUCCAGGAGACCUUGUUGAGCUUCAUCAGUGCCGACACCAUUCUUGUUGGACACGAGCUGGAAACAGACCUCUGUUUACUGAAGCUGCUUCAUGGAAUGGUGGUGGACACAUCAGUGAUCUUCCCCCAUCGUCUAGGUCCACCUUACAAGCUGAGCCUGAACAGCCUCACAGCUGAACACCUCAGGAGGAUUAUCCAAGAGAGUGUUUGUGGCCAUGACACUGCCGAAGAUGCAGCUGCCUGCAUGGAGCUCAUGCUGUGGAAGAUGAAAGAAGAUGGGAAGCUAAAAAAAUGA